GGCAGAAAAAAAGAAAAAAGAAAAAAAACGAAAAGAAAAGAAAGAAGAACCCUCCCCUCAGGCAAUGUCCCUCUCAUUCCGCACUUAUCUUUCAAUUCGUCACCGAAAAACACAAUUAAACCACCUGUGUGUCAUAAUAAUAAGCCUCUCAACAUAACCACCCACAAAACCCCUUGCAUCCCCACACCCCCACCCUUUUUAAAGUCACGAGACCACACUGUCCCUUUUGCUGCUCUCUUUCAAAUAGGGUGAGAGAGAGAGAGAGAGAGAGAGAGAGAGAGAGAGAGAGAUAAAAGUCCAGAAGCGUUGGCAGAUUAACUGAUAGAGAACUUUCAAAGCUCUUUUCUUUUCAUUUUUUUCAUUUUUUUUUUUCUUCCUCCACCUCCACUCCAAUUAGCCUCUAUAUUGCAGUCUCAAACUGAAAGUCUUAUAAUUUUCUAAAGCUUUAGUUAUCUUCUCAUCUGAAAGAAAGAUUGUUUACCUCAUAUAAUUUUUUUUUCUUUAUUUCUCCUGUCUUUCUCUGUCGGUACCAUGAGACCUGAAAGGAAUCCAUUAGACCUCAACAAUUUGCCUGAUGAUUAUAGUACUAGAGAUGGUAAACAAGCUUAUGAUGAUAGCUCUUCCUCUGCAGGCUACAGGAAAAAGAAAAGCGGCGCUAAGGAUGGGAAAGAUGAGUGUGGUAAAGUCUAUGAAUGUAGGUUUUGUUCCCUUAAGUUCUGCAAAUCUCAAGCUCUUGGAGGCCACAUGAACCGACAUAGACAAGAAAGAGAGACAGAGACACUGAACCGUGCUCGCCAGUUGGUCUUCAAUAGUGAUAACCUAGCUGCUCAAGGUCCUCAUUUAGGCAGCUGCCACCCGAUUGGACCAGGAAGCUACCAUCCAACAAGCAACAUUGUAGAUCCAUACAGAUCAGUGUACCAGCCAAGACUGUUCGCUGGUUCCUCAUCAACAAUCUUACAAUCAGCACCACCACAGCCACCUCAUCAACCAUAUCUAUACACAUCUCCUUCCCGCGUUCCGUCAUAUCCCUCGCAAUAUCCUCAACAACCCAUUAAUGAUUACUACAUAGGCCAUGUUCUUAACAGUAGCAGCUCAUCACAAGCAUACCCUAUGAGCUAUAACAUGGGUUCUUCUCAUCAAGAAUCAAAUUAUACAUGCAUUGGUGCACCAGUAGGACAUGGUGGAUUCGGUGUGGGUAGCAGCCGUGGAGGGUCAGAGAGAGACGGGUCACUGAGCAAUCAGGAAGAAGGGUUGAAUUGGGGAAGGAGCUUUGCUGCAACAGCAGCAACAGGAGGAGUAGGAGGUGGAUCACAGCAACAGCGUUUAGAUCCUCCUUCAUCGAUCAAUCGGUUUCAAGAUGGAUUUUGAAGUUUUGUUAAUUAUAUACUUCCCUCUCUUUUUCUUUUAGUUUUUUUAACUCUUUUUUCUUCUUAUUAUUAUUUUUUUCUCUCGAUGUGGGAUUGAUAAGAGUAAGUAAUCAUCAAUUGAAGUAUAUUUAUCUGGUU